UUGCAUCCAGAAAUCUUUAGAUGAUAUCGCACAAAAUUCAGCCAUUCGAAAUGACGUUCCUUCACAACAAACAGGCUCAAAACAAAAGAAUUCUGAUACUGGAAAUACGUUGUCUAGCAAUGAAAGCAUGUCUGUUGUCGAUGAAUUGAAAGGUGAUUGCAUCCAGAAAUCUUUAGAUGAUAUCGCACAAAAUUCAGCCAUUCGAAAUGACGUUCCUUCACAACAAACAUGCUCAAAACAAAAGAAUUCUGAUACUGGAAAUACGUUGUCUAGCAAUGAAAGCAUUUCUGUUGUCGAUGAAUUGAAAGGUGAUUGCAUCCAGAAAUCUUUAGAUGAUAUCGCACAAAAUUCAGCCAUUCGAAAUGACGUUCCUUCACAACAAACAGGCUCAAAACAAAAGAAUUCUGAUACUGGAAAUACGUUGUCUAGCAAUGAAAGCAUGUCUGUUGUCGAUGAAUUGAAAGGUGAUUGCAUCCAGAAAUCUUUAGAUGAUAUCGCACAAAAUUCAGCCAUUCGAAAUGACGUUCCUUCACAACAAACAUGCUCAAAACAAAAGAAUUCUGAUACUGGAAAUACGUUGUCUAGCAAUGAAAGCAUUUCUGUUGUCGAUGAAUUGAAAGGUGAUUGCAUCCAGAAAUCUUUAGACGAUAUCUCACAAAAUUCAGCCAUUCGAAAUGACGUUCCUUCACAACAAACAGGCUUAAAACAAAAGAAUUCUGAUACUGGAAAUACGUUGUCUAGCAAUGAAAGCACGUCUGUUGUCGAUGAAUUGAAAGGUGAUUGCAUCCAGAAAUCUUUAGACGAUAUCUCACAAAAUUCAGCCAUUCGAAAUGACGUUCCUUCACAACAAACAGGCUCAAAACAAAAGAAUUCUGAUACUGGAAAUACGUUGUCUAGCAAUGAAAGCACGUCUGUUGUCGAUGAAUUGAAAGGUGAUUGCAUCCAGAAAUCUUUAGACGAUAUCUCACAAAAUUCAGCCAUUCGAAAUGACGUUCCUUCACAACAAACAGGCUCAAAACAAAAGAAUUCUGAUACUGGAAAUACGUUGUCUAGCAAUGAAAGCACGUCUGUUGUCGAUGAAUUGAAAGGUGAUUGCAUCCAGAAAUCUUUAGACGAUAUCUCACAAAAUUCAGCCAUUCGAAAUGACGUUCCUUCACAACAAACAGGCUCAAAACAAAAGAAUUCUGAUACUGGAAAUACGUUGUCUAGCAAUGAAAGCACGUCUGUUGUCGAUGAAUUGAAAGGUGAUUGCAUCCAGAAAUCUUUAGACGAUAUCUCACAUAUAUCAUAUAUCAUAUUCAGCCAUUCGAAAUGACGUUCCUUCACAACAAACAGGCUCAAAACAAAAGAAUUCUGAUACUGGAAAUACGUUGUCUAGCAAUGAAAGCACGUCUGUUGUCGAUGAAUUGAAAGGUGAUUGCAUCCAGAAAUCUUUAGACGAUAUCUCACAAAAUUCAGCCAUUCGAAAUGACGUUCCUUCACAACAAACAGGCUCAAAACAAAAGAAUUCUGAUACUGGAAAUACGUUGUCUAGCAAUGAAAGCACGUCUGUUGUCGAUGAAUUGAAAGGUGAUUGCAUCCAGAAAUCUUUAGACGAUAUCUCACAAAAUUCAGCCAUUCGAAAUGACGUUCCUUCACAACAAACAGGCUCAAAACAAAAGAAUUCUGAUACUGGAAAUACGUUGUCUAGCAAUGAAAGCACGUCUGUUGUCGAUGAAUUGAAAGGUGAUUGCAUCCAGAAAUCUUUAGACGAUAUCUCACAAAAUUCAGCCAUUCGAAAUGACGUUCCUUCACAACAAACAGGCUCAAAACAAAAGAAUUCUGAUACUGGAAAUACGUUGUCUAGCAAUGAAAGCACGUCUGUUGUCGAUGAAUUGAAAGGUGAUUGCAUCCAGAAAUCUUUAGACGAUAUCUCACAAAAUUCAGCCAUUCGAAAUGACGUUCCUUCACAACAAACAGGCUCAAAACAAAAGAAUUCUGAUACUGGAAAUACGUUGUCUAGCAAUGAAAGCACGUCUGUUGUCGAUGAAUUGAAAGGUGAUUGCAUCCAGAAAUCUUUAGACGAUAUCUCACAUAUAUCAUAUAUCAUAUUCAGCCAUUCGAAAUGACGUUCCUUCACAACAAACAGGCUCAAAACAAAAGAAUUCUGAUACUGGAAAUACGUUGUCUAGCAAUGAAAGCACGUCUGUUGUCGAUGAAUUGAAAGGUGAUUGCAUCCAGAAAUCUUUAGACGAUAUCUCACAAAAUUCAGCCAUUCGAAAUGACGUUCCUUCACAACAAACAGGCUCAAAACAAAAGAAUUCUGAUACUGGAAAUACGUUGUCUAGCAAUGAAAGCACGUCUGUUGUCGAUGAAUUGAAAGGUGAUUGCAUCCAGAAAUCUUUAGACGAUAUCUCACAAAAUUCAGCCAUUCGAAAUGACGUUCCUUCACAACAAACAGGCUCAAAACAAAAGAAUUCUGAUACUGGAAAUACGUUGUCUAGCAAUGAAAGCACGUCUGUUGUCGAUGAAUUGAAAGGUGAUUGCAUCCAGAAAUCUUUAGACGAUAUCUCACAAAAUUCAGCCAUUCGAAAUGACGUUCCAACAGGCUCAAAACAAAAGAAUUCUGAUACUGGAAAUACG